AUGCUGCUCCGAUCCGGGCUGCGCGUCGGCGUUGCCACCCACGAGGAAGCCGGACGGGCGACCGUGCCGGGAAGACGAAGCAGGGCAGGCCCGGACCGACUCGCCGACUUCCCCGAAGAUAUCCUGCAGGAGAUCCUCGUCCACCUUCCGGCCAAGUCCGUGCUCCGAUGCCGCGCCGUCUGCCGGCAAUGGCGUCGCCUCGCCUCCGACCCCGUGUUCCUCCUGGACCACCACCGCCGCCAGCCGGAGCUCGCCCUAAUCAGCUCCUAUCGAACCAGCACUGGCGACUACCCUAGCCUCGAAGCCCUCCACCUCCGGGGCGCCGAGUUCAGACCACUCUUCGGUUUUCCCGAACUCUCUCGCUUCCCCCUCACCGUGGAUGGCUCCUGCGACGGCCUCUUCAUCGUCGGCCACUACAUCUGCAACCCGGCCACGCGGCAGUCGGCGACCGUCAGCCCAAACCUCAAGCUUCCUAUUGACAAACUGAUCGGCCUCUUCCGGCACCAACCUUCAGGGGAGUACCGUGUCUUGUACUGGAGAAACCUCCCUUAUGCCUUGUCCAACCUCCCUUGGCAUGUGAUGCCAUGCCCACACGAGUACCGCGUCCUCACCGUGGGAACCAACAAAUCGUGGCGCGUCGACUGUCCGUUAAUGGAGGUGAUAGCCGAGAGACCAGCCAUCUUUGGCGCGCCGGUCCUUCUCAAUGGCAACCUUCAUAUACACUGGAGGAGACCGUCGGGUGUCCGCUACCACAAGAUACUGAUGUUUGACACGACGGCAGAGACGUUCCGGCGAAUGAUCCCGCCGGCUGUGAACCCCCACCAUGUCAUGCACUUGCUUGACAUGGGUGGCAAGCUUGCUGCGUCCAUCAGCAAGGACGAUACGACGGUGAUGAGCAUAUUCAUACUGAAGAACGGUGAUGUUUGGGCAUUCCAGUAUCAGAUUAAAGUGCCGGUGAUGGAUCUCGAGAAGCGUUUUCAGGAGCAGCAGGGGAAUUGGUGGGCGAAGGUCGUGUCUGAGGAGGGAGAUGUGCUUGUCAGCUGCUAUGGCCAACUGUUGCAUUGUGACAAAGGGGGCAAUUUGGUAGCCAACUUCAAGGUUGAUGAUGAAAUGCCCGUGGUCGUUCCUCAUAGGCUAAAGGAGAGUCUUAUUCAGCAUACGUUUUUCCUAGAGAAGAGUUGA